AACUGCUUUUUUAACCUUUUUCAAUGAUCAUGAGAACGAUAUUUUUCUCUUACAUAAACAUUGAAGUUCUUUAAUUUUGCCUUUUUGAUACGCUUGUUAAAUUUUGAAAAUUUUCCGAAAUCUAUCAUUCAGUUAACAAUGUUCACUUCUGGAAACGUUAUACCAUUAGUUGUGAGUCUAGGACUCAUUUCAGUUACUGCAAUUUUGAUACAUUAUUUAAUGCAAAAAAAGCGGCAACCUCCCAAGUUGUUAAGAGAUCCUACUGUGAAAUACAGUGUUAAACUUGUGGAAAAAAAAGAAAUCAGCCAUGACACCAGAAGUUUUCGUUUUAUUCUGCCAAGUGAAGAGCAUGUGUUAGGACUCCCUGUUGGCCAACAUAUAUUCUUAAGUGCCAAAAUAGAUGGCAAUAUUGUUAUUCGUCCGUAUACACCUGUUUCUACAGAGGAUGAUAAAGGAUACUUUGAACUUGUUAUAAAGGUGUAUUUCAAAGGUGUUCAUCCUAAAUUUCCUGAUGGUGGUAAAAUGUCCCAGUAUUUAAAUAAUAUGAAAAUUGGAGACACAAUCGAAGUCAGAGGUCCUUCUGGAAGGUUGAUUUAUCUAGGAAGAGGAGAUUUUCGCAUAAAACCUGACACAAAGUCUGAUGCUGUGACUCAUAAGAUCAAGCAUGUAGGAAUGAUUGCUGGUGGAACAGGCAUAACUCCAAUGUAUCAGUUAGUGAAACAAGCACUGAAAGACCCAGAAGAUACCCUGCAAAUGUCUUUACUAUUUGCCAACCAGACUGAAGAUGAUAUUCUUCUUAGAACUGAGUUGGAAGAUUUAGCUAAUCAAUACAAGGAUAGGUUCAAGCUAUGGUAUACAGUAGACAGACCAACUGCUGGUUGGAAAUACAGCAGUGGAUUUAUUUCUACUGAAAUGAUUCAAGCACAUUUACCUCCUCCUUCUGAUAAUCCUCUUAUCCUGAUGUGUGGACCUCCUCCAAUGAUUAAAUUUGCAUGCAUACCAAAUUUAGAUCAAUUAGGAUAUAAUCCUCAAUUUAGAUUUGCAUACUGAUAUAAAAUCAAGUGCUUUAGAUUUUUAAUUUUAGAAAUUACUUUCAUUUUUACUCCUCUAACAAAUCAAAUGAGCUUAAGCAAAAUUCACUUGUCAUUGGUUACCCUAACAUUUAUAUUCCUUUAUUUUUAAGCAUAUUCAUUUUGUUGUGAACAAUGUAUUUACUUUUUAGACAUUUUUCUAGAAAUAAAAGGUGCAUUCAUUGUUUUGUUUGAUCCAAAAUUUUGGAGAAAUAGUUGAAAUUCAUCAAGUUACAUUGAAUGUAUGUUAUGUUGAUAAUAAAAGUCACUUAAUUCUUA